CAACAAGCAAAGGAUAAAGUGCGUUUGUUAGAGACCGGUAAAAUUAUUUUAAGGAUUGAAAAAUCCGUUCGCAUCCAGAAUGUUUUCGGUCAUGCUUUCCUGAAAAAGCAUGACUGGCCAAAAAGGUGUGAAUGCGAAUGAUCAGUCUAUUAAUUAAUCUGAAGUUGUAAAGCCUCUCAGAAAAAUGUAUCUCUAUAAUCUGACGCUUCAACGUGCCACCGGCAUUACGCAUGCCGUGCAUGGAAAUUUUUCCGGGAGCAAAAUGCAGGAAAUCCUCGUUUCCCGGGGAAAGUCGCUCGAGUUGCUGAGGCCGGAUCCAAACACGGGAAAAGUGCACACCUUACUAACCGUGGAGGUUUUUGGAAUAAUCCGAUCGUUGAUGGCUUUUAGGCUGACGGGCGGCACAAAAGAUUAUAUCGUCGUCGGAACGGAUUCGGGACGAAUUGUCAUUUUGGAAUACAAUCAAACCAAAAAUGUAUUUUCUAAGGUGCAUCAGGAAACUUUCGGAAAGAGUGGCUGCAGGAGAAUCGUGCCUGGACAAUACUUGGCCAUCGAUCCGAAAGGACGUGCAGUUAUGAUCGGUGCAAUCGAGAAGCAAAAGCUAGUCUACAUUUUAAACAGAGAUCCAGAGGCGCGACUCACCAUUUCUUCACCACUGGAGGCACACAAAAGCAAUACUUUAGUUUAUCAUACUGUCGGGGUCGAUGUCGGUUUUGAAAAUCCAAUGUUCGCUUGCCUUGAAAUCGAUUACGAGGAAGCCGACAGUGAUCCAACCGGAGACGCUGCAGUAAGAACCCAACAAACCCUGACUCUCUACGAACUUGAUUUAGGUUUAAAUCACGUUGUGCGUAAAUACAGUGAGCCCCUCGAGGAGCACGCAAAUUUCCUUGUGUCGGUUCCGGGUGGAAAUGACGGACCGAGUGGUGUUCUCAUUUGUUCGGAAAAUUAUCUGACUUACAAAAAUUUGGGAGACCAGCACGACAUUCGUUGUCCAAUCCCAAGGCGGAGGAACGAUUUGGACGAUCCUGAGCGGGGAAUGAUUUUCGUUUGCUCGGCGACACACAAAACCAAAAGCAUGUUCUUUUUCCUCGCUCAGACCGAGCAAGGCGAUAUUUUUAAGAUCACUUUGGAGACUGACGAGGACAUGGUCACUGAAAUUAAACUUAAGUAUUUUGACACUGUACCUGUAGCAUCCAGUAUGUGCGUACUCAAGACUGGAUUUUUAUUCGUUGCUUCCGAAUUCGGCAAUCAGGAUCCAGGAGUAUAUCAAGUUCCUUGUUCCUGUGGCAAAGUCUAUAAUGGAGAAACCGGGAGAGCAGUGAGCCAACGCAUAAAGGAACAUGAGAGUAAAGUCAGGCUAAAACAUUUCACGUAA